AUGCUUUUCGCAGAAAGUCGAGAAGAUGUGAAUGACGACGCAGGAUCUGGACGUUCCUGCAGAUCAAUAACCGAUGGAACUGUUGGGAAGGUGAAGAAAAUUGUUAUGGAGAAUCGUCAAAUCACUGUUAGAGAAGUUCUUGAGGAUAUCGGCGUAUCGGAUGGAUCAUCAUGCAAUUUUCCGGUAAUUUUGGGCAGCGAAUUUCGUUUCAAAUCUACUGACUUUCGACCACAAAACCGUUGCAUGAGCAUCGCUCAGGAAUUAUUGAAUGACGUCAACGGGGAUCCCGAUUUGCUCGAUAGAGUCAUAACUGGUGACGAAUUAUGGGUGUAUGGUUACGACAUCGAAACCAAAUUCCAAUUGUUCCAAUGGAAGACCCCAGCAGAGCCACGACCAAAAAAAUCGGGCCAAAUCAUCACAGCAGAGUCUUAUUGUGUAAAAAUCGACAAAAUUGCGAAAACUGCUCAUCAGCAGCCGGAACUGGUCAACAGAAGAGAUCCGAUCCUGCUCCACGACAACGCCUUUCUGCACGCUCCGAAAAUUGACAAAUUGAGCGUUGAACUUCAGUCUCACCCACCAUACUCUCCAGACCUUUCACCAAUCGACUACCAUAUUUUCCACCAUUCUGAUAACUUUCUCACCGGUAGAACCUACUUUAAUCAGGGCCAGGCAAAAAUCCAGGCAUAA